AUUCGUUUUCCCUACCAGUAUCGCACGAGCGUUAUGGAAAUUGCUAUAGAUCUCCACGGGGGAAAUGUGAUGCUGGCUAUGCCGGCCGGCGAGCUUUCUUCUCUGACUGUGGAAGAGAUCUACAAGAAGUAUGGGAAACCGACGAUCUUACCGAUUGACCUUUGUGUGGAGUCUACCGACUUUCAUGAAAGAUAUCCUUUGCCAGCGAAUGCGCCCCCAUACAUGCUGUGGAAGAUGUUUCUCACACAGGACUGCGAUGACCUAGAACUAUCGGAAGCACGGGCACAGAUCAAAGAUUUCGGAGAAUCAUGGCAACCAGAGUUAGAGACGCGAUUUGAACUCAAAACACCCCGAGAAAUAUCGGGCCCCGGAAGCCAUGUUCGGCAAGAAGCUACGACUUCCCGUCAGCUAUCCUGCUGAUGUCUGGGCGCUGGGAUGCUUCAUCUUCGUGCUUUACGGCAGGAUGGGCAUUUUCGGGACAUACACUCCUGGUCACGACGGGGUCUUGGCCGUAAUGACCCACUGCAUGGGCAAACCCCCGGCAACAUGGUGGAACGCCUGGGAUAAGGGCGAAAAGCACGUCGACGAUGAUUGUGACUAUAUCAGAAAUGGCAAAGCAGAAACCAAGGCUGCAGAACCAGAUACAAUCGAAGGACGGGUGCUGAAGCGGAUCCCUGAACACAGAGGCAUCAUCAGCAAUCCUGAAGAGAAGUAUAUGGUAUCACAGGAGGAGCUACGGGACCUGGCAGCUAUGCUGCAGCGAAUCUUUCGCUGGGAGCCCAAAACUAGAGUGACUGCGGAGGAGCUGAACAGUGAUCCGUGGAUGCAGAAAUGGGGUGUUCCGGCGAAAGAAGCCAUGGAGGAGGGCUUACGAAAAGAGGCGCAAAGAGUACGAGAAGCCCCCGGUCUUGUCUAAAUCGGUGGCCGUUGGUUUAGCGGUUAGUGUUUUCGAGAGACUCGUCCGCAUUCUGUCUUUAAUGUCUCCAUCUUCUUGGUGGCAAAAUCUGAAGUGAGUAUUGGGGGUUUGAGAUGCUGGGCUUGUAUUCGUCCUUGUGCCGUGUUUAUGCGAGAUGGGAUAUGGCGAAAAUUGAGGGAAAUGGUGAGAGUACCGGCGUUACCUAUAAUUUCAGAUCAAUUAAUAAAUCGUGGUGAGACUGUGAGAUCGGCAAAAUUAAACAUGCUGAUUUCAAGUCUGUCACCGUACCUGCUGAAGACCAUGUAGUGCUUCAAUAUAAAGCUGAUGCAGACCUGAAUUCGUGCUGGUUUGAAUCUCACGAUGUGUUAAACAUGAGCUCUCGAUAACUCAAUCAGGGACUGUGCGAU